CACCGUCUGAACUGCUUCAUUUGCCAUCACAUCUCUCAACGACCUCGACGACUGCCGCUUCAACUUCACUGUUGAUCCGCACAAGCUUCCUGAAAACUCGAAGUGACAACAACCUGAACGUACUUGGACAUCAUACUCCAGUGGAACCACCCUUCGAAAAUAAAAAGCCAACCGCAAUCAUGGCUACCAACGGCGACCUCCCCUCAGACGACGAGUUUUCCCAGCCCGGGACUCCUCCCGGAGACGAGAAUGAUGUCGAAGAGAUAGAAGAGACGAACCAACCUCCCAAAUCCGCCCUGAAAAAGGGCACCUCAGCACCUAUACCAGAACCUCAAGUCGCUCGUCCUCCUCUACCUGAACAACCCGAUCCGAAAGACCUCGACAUCUCCAAAUUGACACCUCUUUCCCCCGAGAUCAUCGCAAGACAAGCCACAAUAAAUAUUGGCACGAUAGGCCACGUCGCUCACGGCAAGUCUACUGUGGUCAAAGCCAUCUCCGGCGUGCAGACGGUCAGAUUCAAGAACGAACUCGAGCGGAACAUUACCAUCAAGCUCGGGUACGCCAAUGCCAAAAUCUACAAGUGUGACAACCCCGAGUGUCCCCGGCCGACAUGCUACAAGAGCUACAAGAGUGAAAAGGAGGUUGAUCCCCCCUGCGAAAGAGAAGGAUGUGGUGGCACAUACCGACUGCUGCGACAUGUCUCAUUCGUCGAUUGCCCAGGCCACGAUAUUCUGAUGAGUACCAUGUUGUCAGGAGCCGCAGUCAUGGACGCCGCUCUGCUUCUGAUUGCCGGCAAUGAAACCUGCCCGCAGCCACAAACAUCCGAACAUCUUGCAGCCAUUGAGAUUAUGAAGCUCAGCCACAUCAUCAUUCUUCAGAACAAAGUCGACCUCAUGCGGGAGGAAGGCGCACAACAACACUUCGAGUCCAUUCUGAAAUUCAUCAAGGGUACCGUCGCUGACGGCUCGCCUAUCAUCCCCAUCUCCGCACAACUGAAAUACAACAUCGACGCAAUCAACGAAUACCUCGUCACCAAGAUCCCCGUCCCCAUCCGAAAUUUCCAGGCUGCACCACACAUGAUCGUCAUUCGAUCAUUCGACGUAAACAAGCCUGGUGCCGAGAUCGAAGACCUCAAGGGCGGUGUUGCAGGUGGUUCGAUCUUGACCGGUGUACUGAAACUCGGCGACGAAAUCGAAAUCCGACCAGGUAUCAUCACCAAAGACGCCAUGGGCCAGACAGUCUGCCGACCCAUCAUGUCUCGCGUGGUGAGCUUGUUCGCUGAACACAACGAUCUCAAGUUCGCCGUUCCGGGUGGUCUCAUUGGUGUGGGUACCCGCGUCGACCCGACACUCUGCAGAGCAGAUCGUCUAGUCGGCCACGUCCUCGGCCUCAGGGGUAACUUGCCAGAAAUCUACAUGGAACUCGAGGUGAACUACUUCCUGCUCCGACGCCUGCUGGGCGUCAAAACUGCAGAUGGCAAGCAGGCCAAGGUUGCGAAAUUGGCCAAGAACGAAGUCCUCAUGGUGAACAUCGGCAGCACGGCAACGGGUGCGAAGGUUAUGGGCGUCAAGGCCGAUGCUGCGAAGCUGACGCUCACCAACCCUGCUUGUACGGCCAUUGGCGAGAAGAUUGCCCUGAGCCGAAGAAUCGAGAAACAUUGGCGUCUGAUCGGGUGGGCAAAUAUCGUUGCUGGAAACACCAUUGAGCCCGAGACUUCUUAGGGAUGCGUCCGUCCGGUUUCUGGCGGGGUGUCGUGCUGCCAGGGUAGAUGAAGGGAAGGUGGUGCAGGAAGGAGCCUUGGACGCGCCACCGGGGCAGCAGGUGAGAAUAUCUGACGUCGCACUGCUGCAGACAGAAUAAAGGUGGGGAGCGGCAUCUGAGACGACAUGGCCAUCUCGGACGACAGGCAAUAUCUACACGAGGCAUAAGGUCAUGUCGGUCCCUGGCCGGGCAGAGAUAGGGAAUUCGCAGGUCGAGCACUUGUUCGAUUACAGGGCACCAUGAGGAAUUUCUCAGCGCUCUUGUCUGGGACUCUCGAUUUUGCCUUCGGAACCUGGCAUCUUGCAGACUUUCUGGUGUUCAAGGCGUUUGCGAUACGCAACGCAAGCAAAUGUACUCCAGGAGCGACGGGGCCGGAGUAGAUUUAAGGCCUAGUUCGAAAAGAGAAGCAAGAAGUGAGUUCGACCAGGACGGGAGCCCGUUAUGAUGGAGGCUGCUUCCUUCUGACUUGAUAAGGAACACUGGGCACUUGGUUCAUUCUCGAGAAGUCGAGACUAGGCAGAACAUCAAACCCCAGGGGCUACCUAGACAUGACUUGACCUAGAGAAAAGCACAGAUAAACAUGAAAUGAGACGGAAGAUAGAGAAGCCAUCAUUCCAGACGUUGGUUUCAACAUUUGGUCACAUUAAUGUGAUAUUAGGACACUCUCGUACAAUAUCC